AUGAAGCUAACAACAAGCAUGCGACUUACUGUUGGAGCUAACCACACUCAACUAAGACAGAUUUCACAAUUUGCUGAGUGGCUAUUGACUGUUGGUGAUGGUUUGGCAGGUAAUUUUGUGUAUCCAAAUUUGUUGCUAAAUUUAAACAAUGGGUCGUACUUCAAAAACAGAACAACACUUGCCCCUACACUUGAGAUUGUCAACAAUGUUAACAAGCACAUAAUGAAAUCUUUAAUUGGAGAGGAGAAGACCUACCUUAGCUCUGAUUCAUUGUGUGUAGAAGAAGAUAACAUGGAAUCUGAAUUAGAUACAAUCACUCCAGAUGUUCUCAAUGCUAUCAAUUGUUCAUGCUUGCCGCCUUACCUAUUGACUUUUAAAGAAGUUUACCAGUAA